AUGUUGAAGUACCUCAGCGAAUUCGGUGGCAAGGCCACUAACGACAGACCAGUCCCCAAGAUGCAGAUCCUAGAUUGGCACAUGAUCUCUAAAGGCGGCAACUCCGAGACAUGGGUUCUCGCCCAUCAAGAUUCGAAGCUACACAUUGCAAUCAAAAAGGGCGGCGUACCAGCCUCAGCAGUCGACCGCCUCGAUCCAUCGACAUGGACAGACACGAAGAUCUGCAAGUCUCCUGAAGUUGUAGAUCCCACAAACUUCUAUCCCGAGUUCAAGCCCGAGUACACUCGAUUCCGUUAUCGCAAAGAUGAGACUGCGGACGAUGUCUUCAAGAAAUAUCAGUCAUUUCUGAGUGUGGGCCCUCGAAGUGGGUUUUCAGCGUACCGUUCCGACCGCGUUGCGCGGAUCACAGCGCGAGAAGUACAGACAUGUGAGCGCCUCCGCGCUCAUCCACACGCUAACGUAGCUGAGUACCGUGGUGUGCAGACUGGACGCAAGCUCAUGUACGAGUACUGCGGUGCCCCGGUUGAAAUCCCCAUGGCCUCAGAGCGCGUGGUAAACCUUGUAUUCAAGCGCUACGACUGCAAUCUCUACGAGGCUGUGAGCCGUCGACAGAACCUAGAUGUGCAGUGCUGCCUCGAGUCUAUUGUUGCAGGUAUCCAGCACUUGCAUAGCCUUGGAAUCGUGCAUGGAGAUAUCAAGCACCAAAACAUCUUUGUCCAGUAUGCUGAUGAGAAGUCUAAUCUUCAGCCCAAGCGCUUCGUUGUAGGAGAUUUCGACAGCGCACAUGUGAAGGGUAGUGUGAUUGGUCUGAAGUUAGGAACAAAGGUUUGGACGCGGCCCAAGGUACCAGGUAAAGAUGUUGCAGAGGAAGAGGAUGACUGGUAUGCGUUUCAGAAGCUGAAGGAGUGGUUAGUUACGGCGACGGAUGCAAGCCAGUUGUUGGGUUACGAAGGACUUGGCAUGAAUUAACUGUCACGACAUGGAUUAGACACCAGAAUCUUGAGGAUGUGGAAAGCUUUCUAAUAUUUGCCAAUCUCUACCAAAGGGCUGUGCAGGAUUUAUGUCGUCACAAAUCUCUCUGCACCCGUAGUACCUUCACAGAUCCAGCGCUAGCCCAACUAGGGCGUAUGCGCUUUUGAAAUCAUUUCUGCUUCAGGAUGUUGCCCGAAGAA